AUGGCCUCCGCCUACACUUAUGGCUCAUUCCCUCAGAUGGGACAUCCCCCGCCAAAAGAGACAAAGAAAGGAUGCCAAGUGAAAUCAUUCGUACUUCCUGUAUUCUGUACUUUGCUCGGAGUUUUGAUAACAGCAUUUAUCACAUGGCACAUUACAAAGUCACAGUAUUCAAGAAACGAUCCGCAUGAUGAAAUUGAAAGUGAAAAUGUUCCCGCCGCUAAACCGGAAGACAAUAUUUCUGCAAGUGAACUCCGUCUCCCCACUUCAGUCAGUCCAAUCAGUUAUCAAUUGACAGUCAAAACAUAUUUGCCAGGAUAUGGAUAUACUGCUGAUAAAAAUAAUUUAACGUUUGAGGGUCAGGUUUUAAUCGAACUGAAUAUCACAAAAAGCAUCAAAAAAGUUUCGUUGAACUCGAAAGAUUUGAACUACACUGAAGAGUUUAUCAAAAAGAGCAGUAUUUUGGUAAAUGGGAAAUCGAUUGCAUUCACCCUCGAUGAUAAACAAUCUACACAUGAGAAGAUUUUCUUCAAUUUGGAUGAAACAGUUGAGCCAACCACAAGUGCCACUCUCAAGGUUGCAUUUGGAGCCCCACUUCGUACUGACAUGUCGGGAUUAUAUCAGACAACAUAUACAAAUAGUAAAGGAGAAAGUAAAAUGGCAGCUGUUACUCAAAUGGAACCAGUUUAUGCUCGUAGAAUGGUUCCAUGUUUUGAUGAACCUGCAUACAAAGCCACGUGGACUGUGACUGUAAUUCAUCCGAAUAAGACUGUGGCUGUAUCAAAUGGAAUUGAAGAUAAGGUGGAGGAUGGACAACCUGGAUUCAUUAUCUCAACAUUCAAACCAACACCAAGAAUGUCUUCAUAUCUUCUUGCAAUUUUCAUCUCAGAGUUUGAAUACAACGAGGCUACUACAAAAUCUGGAGUUCGAUUCCGUGUAUGGUCAAGACCAGAGGAAAAAAACUCAACAAUGUAUGCAGUAGAAGCUGGUGUUAAAUGUCUUGAAUACUAUGAGAAGUAUUAUAACAUUUCAUUCCCUCUUCCAAAACAAGACAUGGUUGCUCUUCCUGACUUCUCAGCUGGUGCUAUGGAAAAUUGGGGACUGAUCACUUAUCGUGAGAGUGCGCUUCUUUACGAUCCAAGAAUUUAUUCUGGAUCACAAAAACGUCGCGUGGCUGUUGUGAUUGCUCAUGAAUUGGCUCAUCAGUGGUUCGGGAACUUGGUCACUUUGAAAUGGUGGAAUGAUUUAUGGCUGAAUGAAGGAUUUGCAACUCUGGUUGAGUAUCUGGGAACAGACGAGAUUAGUGACGGAAACAUGAGAAUGAGAGAAUGGUUCACAAUGGAUGCCCUCUGGAGUGCUCUUGCCGCUGACUCAGUUGCUUCAACUCAUCCAUUGACAUUUAAAAUUGAUAAGGCUAUGGAAGUACUUGAUUCAUUUGACAGUGUUACUUAUGACAAAGGAGGAGCAGUUCUGGCAAUGGUUCGAAAAACUAUUGGAGAGGAGAACUUUAAUACUGGAAUUAAUCAUUACUUGACACGUCAUCAGUUUGAUAAUGCGGAUGCUGGUAACUUGCUCACUGCUCUUGGAGAAAAGAUUCCAGACAGUGUUAUGGGACCAAAAGGCGUCAAACUUAACAUUUCGGAGUUUAUGGAUCCAUGGACUAAACAGCUGGGAUAUCCUUUAUUGAAUGCAUCAAGAAUUAAUAACACUCAUAUUAUAGUAGAGCAGAGUAGAUUCAAAUUGUUGGCAACUGGAAAAGAAGAAGAAAAGUACAGUAAUCCCGUUUGGGGUUUCAAAUGGGAUGUUCCUGUAUGGUAUCAAGUUGUUGGUUCUUCUGAACUAGAAAUGAAGUGGAUGAAGAGAAACGAGCCAUUGAUCAUUAAAUCGGAUAAAAAUGUGAUUAUAAAUGCUGAAUCAAAUGGGUUCUACAGAGCUGGAUACUCGAGUGGACUGUGGAAAGAGAUAUCUGAAAUGUUGAAGGAAAAUCAUGAGCAAUUCUCCCCUCAAACCCGUGUUCGUCUCAUUGAUGAUUCUUUUGCACUGGCUCGUGCUGGGCUUCUAUCCUAUAGUAUCCCAUUAAAUUUGAUUACUUACUUGAAGAAUGAGAAAGAAUAUUUGCCAUGGUCUGGGGCAAUUGCCAAAAUUCGCGAGCUUAUUGAUAUGUAUGGAAGUAAUCCGGAAAAAGAUAUUGUGAACAAGUUCAUGAUUGCUUUGGCCGAAAAUGCACCUGCAAGGCGAAGCAUUGAUUUCGUAUCUAAAAACUAUUUGGAUGAGAAGAAAUUCUAUGAAGUAGGAGCUGCCCAGCAGAUUAUUCUCAACAGCUGCGGAUUCGGAGAUUCUGUUUGUCAAGCUGACAUGGUUAAGAUGUUCACAGAAGAGGUUCUUGCCAAAUGCGAUGCCACGAGAAUUUUGUCAGAAUGUUCACAAAUCCCCGCACCAUUCCGAGCCGAAUCUUAUUGUGAAGCUGUCAGAAAUGGCAACUCUGAUACUUUUGAAAAAGUGUUCCAUUGGUACAAAACGGAAAGAAAUCAAGUGGAGAAAUUGAAUCUGAUGACUGCAUUGACUUGUUCGAAGGACAUUCUUACACUGAAAAAGCUUUUGCUCGAUGCGAUGAAGCCAGAAGGAUCAUCAUUCCGUCUGCAAGACUGUGCUGCUCUCUUCGCAAAAAUCAGCUCAAACGAUGCAACUACUGAUGCAAUGCUCAACUUUUUGAUUGAUCGUUGGGAGGAUAUGCAGAAAAGAUUGGCCACGGAUCACAGUGGAUUCAGUCGAGUUCUAUCAUCUAUCGUAAAUACAUUGAAGACCAGAGGUGGACUUGAUCAAUUGAGGAAAUUCCGAAAGAAAGCUCCAAAAGCAUCUGAAUUUGGUCUUGAUAAAAUGGAAGAAUCAGCUGAAGUUACCGUUACUUGGAGGGAAACAAAUCUGAAAUUUGUGACAAAGAUCAUUGAGGAGAUCUCGAAGAGCCUUUGACCGAAUUGAACAAAAGCAAUUUCAUUACGGGAUCAUUUUAUGAAAAUUGAUAACAGUUUCGUGUUUUUCCGAUUGUUUAAGUAGCCAUUUGAAAUAUUUAUUCAGAAUUCUACGCGCUUUCCAUGUACAUUUUGAGCCAUACGUGCUUCCGAAACAACUCGGUGUCACUUUCUUUAAACUUAUGCUUUCUAUUUUUGAAAAAUCAACACUUUAAUUGUUUUCAUUCGAGAAUAGUUGUUUUUAUUCGUUUAUUUUUGAUUCAAGUGAAAAUAAGUCGGUGAAUGAAUAAAAUAAUAAUUGAUGUGAGAAUC